GCCAUAUAAUGUGUAACAUUUCGGCUAUUAUUUCAGAGGGUGGAAUGGGCUCCAAUAUGUUAUUUGUUCAAUGUAAAUGACAUGUUGGCUACUACUUGAGUCCCCCCCACCCCACCCCCACCCAGCAGGGCAGUGGUGUAGGGUGAGCCCUCAUACGCCACAGCUUUCACCCCAUUCAUUCCGUGUAGCAGGAAGCUAGGCAGCCUGCAAUUUCGACAAAUUAUGCAGUUUAGGGGCCAUUUCACUAGUUCAUUGGUUUUCACUGAGCUGUUAGGCGCUCUUGGCAGUAGUCUUCUAAAUAAUUAGUCGACCUAACUGACUACACAUUGGAAAUUCACGGGAAGGUGCACUCGGGCGUUGUUUGAAAUUGGGGUUGGUACAAUAGAUGCUUUCGGUAUUAUUCGGGGUGUACACGUGGGGAUGCCGACCAGGCAUAUUGUGAGUAUUUAUUGACAAGUAGAUCGUGACAAGAGAGGGUGCAGAGCCGGAAGAGAUGUGGAGGGGGUGAUGCCCCCCCCCCAGUAUGGGGUCUUUGCUGAAUUAUCCGCUGAGGACCGCAGGCAGCAGCUCGGACGGGACGGAGGACUCGGAUUUCUCCGCCGACCUCGAGCCCACCGAAGCUUCCGAGAGUGUGCGCAGGCGCAGCAGCACGCGCCUGACUCGCGCGUCACUGCGCCUCAGCCAGAGCUCGCAAGAUAACUGCAGCUCAGUACGGAGCAGUUCCCCUGCAGCCGCUGGUCCUGAUGAAGGCCAGGAUUCAGCAGCAGAGUCGGCAGCAACGGCAGCAGUGGCAGCAUCCGUCUUCGCCUCCGGGCGCAGGGUCACACGCAGCCAGCAGGGGGCGACAAACACCACAGCCAAAAAAUACCCACUGCGUCAGAGCAGGUCGUCUGGCUCAGACACCGAGGCUAAUGCAGACCUGAAGCAGGGAGUGGACCGGGACGAGACCCCUCCUCGCACCCCGACAGGUAACGCACCGUCCUCAGAGUCAGACAUCGAGGUUUCCAGCCCCAGCAAUGACCACGUGUCCUCUAGCAACGAUAUCGUAGUUUCGCAAGAGGAGGACGAGAGAUUGGCCAAAGAGCUGUCACUCAAAGAGGCCGCCGCCCACGACCUUUCCCACCGGCCCAAACGACGGCGCUUCCACGAGAGCUACAACUUCAACAUGAAGUGUCCCACACCUGGGUGCAACUCAUUGGGUCAUCUAACAGGGAGGCAUGAGAGACAUUUCUCCAUAUCGGGAUGUCCUCUCUACCACAACCUCUCUGCUGAUGAAUGCAAGGGCAAGGCAUCGACACGCGACAAACAGGCUGAGGAAAGGACGCUGUCGCACCGCCAGGAUGAGAACAGACACUCCACAAGAAACCAGGCCCCCACAGAGCGUCAGCUGCGCUACAAGGAGAAGGUGACGGAGCUGAGGAGGAAGAGGAACUCAGGACUCAAUAAGGAGCAGAAGGAAAAGUACAUGGAGCACCAUCAGAGCCACGGAGCGAGCAGGGAGCCGCUGCUGGAGAACAUCACCAGCGACUACGACCUCGAGCUGUUCAGGAAAGCGCAGGCACGUGCCUCGGACGACCUUUCAGCAAACCCUCCUCUGCAGCCACAGGAGGAGUCUGAGAUAUUUUUGGAGAAGCUUCGUCUGGCCGGCCAGGUGUCGGAGGGCAGCAACAUGAUAAAGACCAUUGUGUUUGGUCGCUACGAGCUUGAUACCUGGUACCACUCUCCAUACCCAGAGGAAUACGCCCGCCUGGGGAGGCUCUACAUGUGCGAGUUCUGCCUUAAGUAUAUGAAGAGCCAGACCAUUCUGCGCAGGCACAUGGCCAAGUGUGUGUGGAAGCACCCUCCAGGUGACGAGAUCUACAGGAAGGGGAACAUCUCUGUCUUUGAGGUGGACGGAAAGAAGAACAAGAUUUACUGCCAGAACUUGUGUCUGCUGGCGAAACUCUUUCUGGACCACAAGACUCUGUAUUACGAUGUUGAACCUUUCCUCUUCUAUGUCAUGACCGAAGCUGACAACACAGGGUGCCAUCUAGUCGGAUACUUCUCCAAGGAGAAGAACUCUUUCCUGAACUACAACGUGUCCUGCAUCCUCACCAUGCCGCAGUACAUGAGGCAGGGCUACGGCAAGAUGCUCAUAGACUUCAGUUACCUGUUGUCCAAGGUGGAGGAGAAGGUGGGUUCACCUGAGCGCCCACUGUCUGACUUGGGCCUUAUCAGCUACCGGAGUUACUGGAAGGAGGUGUUGCUGCGCUACCUGAACAACUUUCAGGGCAAGGAGAUCUCUAUCAAAGAGAUCAGUCAGGAGACGGCAGUGAACCCAGUGGAUAUUGUCAGCACACUGCAAUCCCUCCAGAUGCUCAAAUACUGGAAGGGAAAGCACCUGGUUUUAAAGAGACAGGACCUUAUCGACGACUGGAAGGCCAAGGAGACCAAACGUGGUAAUGGCAAGACCAUUGACCCCACAGCCUUAAAAUGGACACCGCCUAAAGGGUCGUAGAGGAGCUUCCUCUCUCACUCCUAACCCAAAACACACACACACACACAAACAGAUCCUCCUCCGCACACUGGCAUGCUCACCGUGAGCCUAAACCCCCCCACACACACACACUCUUGUACAAAACGCUUUCAGCAGCUACAGCACAUUCAGUCACUUACAGAGUCAGCCAUUACUCUGGGUUCAGCAGGCAUUGUCGUGGCUCGGGAAAUUGACUUCAGUCCAAAAAAAUACAACAUUAGCUCAAUGAUAGGAUGCCUGUCCAGAGUAUAAAACUUUGUUUGGACAUUACAUGAAAUUAGAAGAAAAUGAGCCUAAUACAGGAAUGAAUUAUCAGAAAUGUUUUCCAUGCUUAAAAUCUGGCUGUGUGUUGUCAGUUUGUAAGAUCUGGCUCUGCAAAAUUUGACCAAGCUGCAGCCAUCAAGGGAUCAGGGAGGGCUUUGUUUGAAAUAAACAUUUAAAAUUGUACUGUAUAGCAUCAUUGCAAUAUUGCAGCUUCAGAUGUCCUUGAAUACUUAGUUGAGCUAAUUGUAACAAAAGAGUUAUAGUUUAGAUGUACUGAAAGCAAUAAGCAAUAUGUUUGAUGACAAACUAGACUCUAUAGCCUGGUGGUCAUACAUGGAAACAACUGUAUGCCACUGGCUGUUACUCACUUAAAUUCUAGUAAUAUAUUACAUGGCCUUUUUGGAUUUUGCUAAUUAGUUUUUUGUAUGGAGCCCCAAAGUGUGCAAUAUUAAAUGCAUAAAUAAUUCUGAAAUAAAUAAUCACAUAAAUAAAUUGUGUAAAAUAUAUAAAUUAAACAAUAGUUAAAUAAUUUAAGAAAUUAUUCAAACUCAAAUCAAAUGUCAUUUCAUCAUUCUUAUUUUCUUAGUUUUAUAGGUCUUCUUUUUUUAUUAUAUAUAUAUAUAUAUAUUAAUAGAUCAUUUUUAUUUCACAAUGGCCUUUUUCAAGAGUCUAUUAAUGUCAUAAAUGCACUUUUCCCAGUAACUUUUAUUUCAUUUCAUAAUGUCACAUUUCAUAAUGUCCUUUGUAUUUCAGAUGUCACUUUUCAUGUCAGUGGCGUCACCGCUCUCUCACUUUUCAGCCAAUCACAUGCCCCCUUGCCAUUUAAGCUAGCAAGCUUCAACAACUGCUACCAGGUUUAGUUUCUGUGUCACUGUCAAUGGGAGAAAAGGCCAUUUUGAAAGAAAAUAUAAUGAAAUAAAAACGAUAUUCAAUAAAAUUCUGUUAUGAAAAUGAAUGAUAAAAUAACAUUUCAUAAUAAUGAGUUAAGUUUUGAUAAUUUCUUCAAUUAUUUCAUGAAUUGUUGGUUCAUUUAUAUAUUUUACACAAUUUAUUUAUGUGAUUAUAUAUUUCAUAAUACCUUUUAUAUUUAUUAAAUUUUGAACACGUUGGGUUUCUAUAGUAGAGAAGCAGAUAUUCAUCAUUUAUGUUUAGAUUUAAUAUUUUCGGUUUCAGGCUCCAACUAAGAUGCGUGUCCAACAUACAGUAUGACUAAAACAAGAAAAUAACGAGAAACGUAACAGCCAGUGAUGUCAGUCUACGUAGGAUCAUUCACUGCUGAUGUCUCCUCGACUUCAUUUGUUUUCUGAAAAGUGAAAGUAAUUAUGCAUUGUUAGUGCACCUCCACCCAGACACUUGAUUAGCCAAGAGCACCAGGCACACCGGCUAAUCCAAUCUGCGACAGCUGGUAUUGAACCUGCGCUUCAUUUCAUUCUGUUGUGGAGACGGUCGACACAACGCAGGUCGGCAGUACGUUGACUCAUGCAGCGCGUUUAGGCAGACACAGACCAGCUGGCUGUGAUUAAACAGGACAAGGCCUGGGUCCACAAUGCAUAGUUUCUAGGAAUAGGACUUCGAUUUACCACUCAGGUCACAUGACUAAAUACAGAGUUCCCACACAGACUGGAAAAGGCAGUUGCAAAAAAAAAAAGAAAAGAAAAGAAAAGGAAAACUGAUGAAAUAUUACCUAAUAUUAACUAUAUUCUCAUUUCACAUGUUGUGGUACUUAAUGAUGUGACGAAUGGGUAUCAGCUGCAGAGUGAUGUUGCCUUACAUCAUGCAUCCCAUCAACUAAAGGUUUUUUGAAUCAAGAGUAAAAUCAGUAACUCAGUGUCUCUCUCAUGCAACAAACACACACACAUUGUGUCCAGUAUUUAACCCAUCACAGCAGUCAGGCGGUUAGUCAGGAAGCUAUAGCUGCCAUUGGCCAUGUUUGGAGUGUGUUAUGUCACCAGGAUGGGACCUACCUGGAUGUGUUUUGUGACCACCUGUCUUGCCUUCUUUUUUAACCUUUAGGUGCGCCCGCACCUGGCACAUUGCUAUUUAAAUGGCGGAUGAAUGGCGCAUUAUAAAAACCACACAUUGAUUUUUUUUUUUUUUAAAGUGUAAUGCAGACUUGCAGCAGAAAGAGAGAGAGAGAGAGAGAGGGAGCGUGCGAAUAUGGCCAGAAGUGUCGAAGUGAUAUAAAGACUUUCUUUGAUCAUAAAGACUAAUAUUACUCUAAAAUUCUGUGUUUUAUCAGUGAAGUGAAUGCACUACACGCUCGUCUGCAUGAAACGUCUGUAUCCUCACCGCGCUGCUUUAUAAUAAACUAAGAUGAAGUGGUCGUGGGUCACAUCUCUCACCUGCGUCCAGGCGCUGCCACUCCCUCUUCGUCUCCUUGCAGUUCUCAUGCAUUAGUUCCGUGAUGUUGACUGUGCAGUUACUGUGGCUGCUUUGACAUACAGUAUUUUGGGUUUCAAGUUUGCUGUCUGAUGUAGUGUAAAACGUUCUCAAAUUGUUGUAAAUUGUUAAUUAAAGGGAUAGUUCCCCCUGUUUGGAGAUGCAGACAGGAGGCCUACCUCAAAAAAAUCAGUAUCAGUUUAAGUGUACACUAUAUUAAGAAUAUUUUCACCGCUUUACCUUGCUGUCAGACAGCAUUUUUCUUUGCCUAACUAACUAAACUAACUUCCAUAUUCCUACGCCUAUGCAGAUGCAUCUUACCCACUGAAUAAUGCGCCCUUUAAAUAGCAGGAAAAUACUGCGCCAUUGAUUUUAGACCAGAUUUUUGUUGGUCAAUGGUGCUUUCUGCUGCCUCAAGAUAGCAAUGCACCUGACCACAUCUCAUUUUAAGACCAACACUCCCAUGGGUGCACAGAUGGGCGCUACUUACACAACCUGGGCACUGGGCGUGAAAAUGACAACUCUACGUCGGUCAGAAACUAGCAAUAACACUUGCGCUGCGCUGUAUGCCACUUUGCGCCAGAUGUAAGAUAGGGCCCGUUAUCUUAGUGAUGGCUGUGUUGUUUUAUAAUGUCCACAGUUAUAUUCUGAAUAGUAAAGAUACAUGGGGAAUCUCAGCUGCUAGUUAGCGUUGGAGCUCUCAAACAUGUUGCUGGUUUUUCUGUGUCCUUAUGUGGUGGUUUUGUUAAAGUUCUCAAUGAUAUUUUAUACUUUUUCUACCUCUAAGGUUUACCACUGUAUAAAAAAAAAAAGAACAGCCCAUUUUAAGCUUCUUUUGUUCUCCUUUUUUAUUCUGUGUGUGUUAACAUGUGAGACUAUGUAGCUGUGUUCAGCUGUGUUUUUUUUUUUUUUUUUUUUUUACUAGAUUUCUAAAAAAAAUAUAUGCUAUUUAUAUUCUUAAAAAAUAUGUUAACUGCGUAGAACGUAAAAGACAAAGUCUGGUAGAGGAAUGUCUACUCUAUAGGACCGGCUUCCUUGUGAAUAUAAAUAUUUAUCUCAAAAUUAUAUGUAGAUUUGAAUGUGUCUAGAAGCUCUUGAAAGGUACAGGAGGGAGAACCCAGGGCAUCCCCCCAACAACAAAGACAAUGACAGAAGUCAUUUACAUUUCAAACGUUUAUCUCCUGUAAUCAGAAGUGACAUAUGAUUGAAUCACAACAUGUCACUUUUGCACAUUGUCACUACUUGUUACCACCAUCAUUGCUGCUACAAGCAGUUAGGAAAAUACAAGCACAACUUUUUUGUGUAAGACCAGUAAGCAUGGUCGGCAGCAUUUUUGUAAUAUUUUUUGUUCUUUACAGCCCACUGUGUUUGAUUGAAAACUGAUUUUAUUUUAUUGACAGUCUCCAUAUUUAUUGAUUUGGAUCAACAUGUGAAUUUUGUAACCAGCUUUUAAGAUUUGUUAAAGGAAUAGUUUGACAUUUUGGGCUUGAGUAAGAUGAGAAGAUUGAUGCCACUCUCAUGUACUGUAAAUAUGAAACUACAGCCAGCAGCCGGUUAGCUUAGCUUACCACAGAGACUGGAAACAGGGGGAAACAGUUAGCCUCGCUACAGCACAUAACCCCCUGUAAAACAACAACUUGUCAUUUUUACACUUCGGUUUUUGUACAGAUUACACAAACAAGCUUUAAAAUGUUAAUUAGUGAGCUUUAGAGGUGCUGGUAGGGAGAUUUUGUUACCUUUGGACAGAGCCAGGCUAGCUGUUUCCCCCUGUUUCAAGUCUUUAUGCUAAGCUAAGCUAGCCGGCUAUGUGUAGCUACCGCCAAUAGCCUACUACAGCUAGCUACUACAUGCGAGUGGUAUGAAUCUUCUCAUCUGUCAGCAAGAAUGCAAAUAAGUGUAUUCCCCAAAAAUGUCGCACUAUUCCUUUAAACAUUGUGCAUAAGGUUAGACAGCAGUUGGCUGUGAAAUUGGAGGUGUGUGGCCAACAAUGUCAGAUUGAAUCAACAAUUUUUUUUAUUCAGAAUGCUUUUUUUGUCAAUUUCAUAUGUAGAGGCAUCUUUUUCCUUACAGACUACAGCCUUGAGUUACAUUUGCUUUUCUUAUUUCAUAGUAAAGAAAUGUUGCCUUUAAAUUCAAUAAGGUUGAAGAUGUUUUUCUUUGUGUCUUGUUUUUUUUAAUAGCGAUGUUUUCAUUCUACCAUCUGUGGAUUUAUCUGUGUUUUACAUGUUUAUAUUUGCUCUAAUCCUGUGGUUGGUUUUCCUGUCUUCAUUUGGGUUUUACAUGAAGGGCUUCAGGAGGCACGUCACUGACUGGCAGACUUAAAAUCAAUACAAAAAGGCCAUGCAUUUCAAAGUACUACAUUUAUCCUUUUAGCACCUGUUCUCAAUAAACCUCUCUGAAAUGUGCUGCUGACCGAAAUCACUCCUGGCUAUUGUGAGUGUAGACAGUGUUUGUUUGUUUUUUUGUCUUUGCCCAUUCUUAAGUUCAUUUACAGGAAAGUGCACUUACUUUUUGAAGGACUUGAAAAAUACAUCCUAAAACACAACUCUUGAUGAUGAUGAUGUUCCAUUCAUGACUGGGCCAAUUUUGUUCUUGACUGUACUUUUGUUUUUGUUAUGUUGAGAUAUUACCUACAUAGGUAAGAUGGAGUGAUUGAAGUAAUCAGCGGUUUUGGUUUCAGUUCCUCAGAAUAAAAGAGGAUGGGCAUCUUUUUAGGGCUACCAUUUUGUACUGAUAUUUAACAUGCAAGGAAAAAUCCAUAAUAAGUAGAGAAUAUAUGAGAAGAGAAAUUCUCAUGGUAGCAGAAAAGAGACCUGAAUGUAACUAUUUCUUGACUGGAAAAGUCUCAUUAAACCAUAAUUUACAAAACUUUGUCAAAAAAAAAAAACGUACAAUGUGUUUAACAUCACAAACCGAUCAUACUUAAUCGUGAAAGUAUCUGAAAGGGAUUUUUUUUCCUUUUUUGUCUGUCUGUUUUAACGUCACAGUCCAUUUUUAUUUCUCUCAUUUAUUUUUCAUCCUGUUGUCUUGCAGUUGUUUUCUGUGCCAGUGGCAGCUAUAGAUGGGCAGCUUCAGAGCACCUUGCUGGUUAUUAACACAUGUGAAUAGGGUCACAGUUAGAGUCAUUCCAUCACCUUCCAUAGGCCACCAGCGAGCUGUUGUAGUACCGCAGCACUUCAACGCACCCUGCUUCCUAUUUAAACUACACACUCAAUGCAGAGACACAAAAGUAGCGAGGCGUCGAUAUGUAGCUCAGUUGUGCUUUUGUACUUGCUUCUCCCGCUUCCUUCCCCUAUAAUAAAUGCAAAUGGUGAAACAUGA